AUGGCCCAAACACCACUUUCGCAGCGCCGCUACUCGACCGAGAGCCAGCAGUCGCACAUUAGCAUCCCGUCGCCGUCGACGCCGGCUUCGGAGCGGCACCAAUGCAGCCAGUGCCCCAGCAGCUUUUUGCGCCUCGAGCACCUCAAGCGCCACGAGCGCGAUCACUGGGACAGCAAGCCCUAUACAUGUAGCCUUUGCGGCAAGGGCUUCACGCGAAGCGAUACCUUGAAGCGCCACGAACACGUCCAUGCCGCCGUGUCUUCGGACGGCGAGAAUGGUCCGUCCUCCGUCUCCACCAGGUCUCACCGCGGACGCCACUUCCGCGCGUGCCACAACUGCGCCCAGGCCCGCGCGCGCUGCUCGGGCGAGGACGUCUGCUCGCGAUGUCUAUCCAAAGCGCUGAUGUGCGAGUAUCCCAAGAAGCGGCGGCGCAGCCUUCAGUCGUCGCCCACGCGCAAUGCCUUUGCCGCCCAGGAUCCGGCCUGGAGCAUUGGCGAGCUCUCGCUGCACACAAACACCAACUCGCCGACGGGCUCACACGUGAUGAUUGACAACGACAACCUGUCGUGCUACUCGUCCAGCAGCGAGACUUUUCCGCAUCACCACCACCACAUGUCCGGCUACAACCUGAGCAGCCACGACCUCUCGAAUCUUUCUCCUCUCGAAAUCAACUACGAACAGCUCUCUCCACUCGUCGAUCCGGAUAGCGGCCUGAUAUCUCCCGACAUCGACACCUUUGACCUCGGCCAGCCUUUCCCACCGCAACCCCCGCCCCCGCACCCGCACCACCAUCCCGGCAUGACGAUGGGAAUGGGCUCGGUCAUGCCCCCCAACCACGGCGACGUCACGCAGUCGUCAAUCAAUUGGCUCCCCACAGCCUUCAGCGAGGAGAUCGACUACGCGGCGCUAUCCGGCGUCGGCGUCCCGCUGCGGAGCCCGAACAACGGCACAGCCAACACAGCUCCAGCCAGCUUCCAGGACCAGCUGAGCGGCAUGGACUUUGCCGCAGCAGCAACAGCAGCCCAGCAGCAUCAACAACAGCAACAACAACAACAGCCGCCACCACUCCAACCCCACAGCCCCCCUCCUCCCCCCAGCCGCCGCAACUCCUCGCACUCCCCCGCCCGCUCAACCGGCGGCUCCAGCAACUCGAGUGCUGAGAGUAGUAGUGGUGGUAAUAAUGGCCCCAGCAGCAGCGGACGAUACUACACGACCUCCUUCGACGGCGCCCGCAUCCCCUUCGUGCGCGGCACCAAGCGGCGACGCUCCUUCAACGUGCAAUCCCCGGCCCCCGACCACCACACGCACCACCCGCACGCCCCCGCGCGCUCCUCGCUCUUCCGCGACACGUCGGGCGUGUACCAGUUCCCCGAGAUCUGCGUGCCGAUCGACUCGCUGCCGCCCGUGCCCGUCACCGGGCCGGCCAUGGACCUGAAGGCGUACGACCGCAUCGCCGACGCGUUCCGGCAGGUGUGCCACGGCUUGGGCACGACGUUCGUGCCGUUCAAGACGCUGGCGGUUCCGGGGCCGGGGCAUCUGAAUUACUUCUUGCAGCUGUAUUACGAGCAUUUUCAUCCGAUACUGCCGAUGCUGCACCUGCCGACGCUGAGGCUGGGGGAGGACGAGUGGGUUUUGGGGUUGGCGGCGGCGGCGAUAGGGUGUCGGUAUGCGGAUUCGGAGGAGUUGUUGGGUUUCACGAGGCCGAUGACGGAGUUUUUGAGGAGGGUGGUUGUUAUGUCGGUCGAGCACCACCCCCCGCGCCAGAUGCCGCUCGGCGUCCUGCAGGCACUCCUGCUCAAUUCCAUCAACCUGCUGUACAGCGGCUCCAGCCGUUUUGCCGACAGCGCUUUGAACGAUUUCUCCAGACUCGUCGAGGCGGUCCGCACGUGGAAGCUGCUGCCGUCGUCGGAGACGCCGCCGCAAUCUUGGUCGGAAUGGGUGAGGGCUGAGGCUCGGAUACGGCUGGGAUACUCAAUUUGGUUGCUUGACUGCACAAUGGCAUAUCAGAUGGACCAAAAACCGUUCUUGACGCUGGACGACCUGCACUCGGCAUUGCCUUGCAACGAGCAUCUCUGGGCAGCGCAGAACGAAGAGAACUGGGCACAUCUGCGGCGGAACAUCGAGCGAAACCCCCCGAUAUCCGAAGCGGUGCACACGCUCUUCGUCCGCAAAGAAGUCAAGCCCGACCUCGGCGAAUUCAGCCGCGUCCUCCUUCUGCACGGCAUCUACCACGAGAUGUGGACGGUGGCGCGCUACCAACGGCGGUCGCUCGCCUCGUGGGUGCCGUGCGCCUCCUCCACUCUCGACGACGCCUCAAACCGCCACGACAGCGCCACCACGCCGCUCGAAUUCUACCAAGAGCGCCCGCAAAACGUCGCCGACCGCAGCAUCUACAUGCCGGAAAACGGCCUCUACUCCAAAUGGCGCAACGCGGCCUGCGACUCCCUCGACGUCCUCCACUGGGCCGCCAACGCCACCAUCGCCCAGCACUCGGGCUCCGAACACAACACCGUCUGCCACCUGCACGCGUCGCGCGUCAUCCUAUUGACGCCCCUCUCCGAAAUCGUCAGCCUCGCAAAAUCCAUCGCCGCCGCUCCCCCUUCCUCCUCCACCGUCCCCGCCCCGGCAGCCUUAUCAUCCGCCCACUCCCCCGGCGACCCGAACCGCCAAUCCCUCCCGCAACUCACCAAGCUCGAAACCACCAUCUCGCAAUGGGUCAGCAAGGACGCGCACAAAGCGCGCCUAGCCAUGAUCCACGCGGGCGCCGUCUUCUGGCACGUGCGGCGCUUCUCCAAGGCCGCGUUUUACGAGCCGCACGCGGUUUUCCUGUCGACGCUGGCCAUGUGGGCGUAUGCGAGCUACACGUCGCUCACGCACGCCUUCGCGCGGACCGACAGUCGGAGCGGCAGCGAUUCGCCAUCCCCGGGGGGCGAGACGGUGUUUACGUGUUCGGAUGAUUUUGGGGCGGGGUCGUCGACGGCCGGCGGGGCGGGGGGCGCGGGCAUGGGGAGGAUGGGUGCGGGAGAAAUGGUGGCGGAGGAGUGGGAUCCCGAGGGGCAUCAUCCGACGUUUAUUCGGCUCGAUCGCCCGAAUGACGAUGAGAUGGUGCAGUUGUUUGUAAGGAAUGGCGAUCCGGCGCGCAUGAAGGCGCAUGUGUCGGGCGUCGGCAACCUGUUGUCGCCGCAAGGCCCGGAGCGCGUCCUGCGCGAGGGGUGUAAGAUUUUGUCAAGGAUGACGCUGACGUGGGGCGUCGCGAGCGAGCAUGUCAAGGUGUUGUCGAGUAUGAUUGAGGUGGCGUCGAGUGUGCGGAGUCAGGGGAGUGUGUCGAGUGUGCAGGGGCCGCCGUCGUGA